CCGCACUGAAAAUAUGUGUGUAAAUUUGUCCAUCGUGGAGAUUGCGUUGGUCAAGCGCUCGGCUGAUGUCAUAGCUAAUACAUUGACCAGAAAUGCUCAAUAUUAUAAUUGUUGUUGUUGUGAGGGAAGUCGUGUAGUAGUGCAUAUUCCCAAGGGGGAGAUCGGUACCACAUCAACGGGUUCGAAACCAGAGCAUCGGGGUAUUAAUCGAACACCUGUCGAUUGGGCCACACAACCCCACAACCAUACAAACAUAAAGCCCUGCGUCUUGUCCGACUGGUUCUUCUUUGUCGGGUGAAACAUGGAGACACUUGUCACUACUCGCGGCGUUCUCAAAGUCACAAUAUUUGCUGCUGUAGUCCAUCUACUGGUGAAAGAGUUUCGGCAUCGGCUGGACGCGGAUGUGGCCGUGAUGAUCCCGCCGUGCGCGCGGCCACAGCCGGUCGGGGCGGAUGUGACGGGAGGCCCGUACACACACGGGGCUGUCGCCGCCGACGCGCUGGAGUGUUCUGCCAUCGGCAGGGACAUCCUGAAGAAGGGCGGUUCGGCUGUGGACAGCGCCAUCGCGGCGUUAGCCUGUGUGGAGCUGGUUCACGGCCACAGCGCGGGGCUCGGCGGGGGUUUGAUCAUGACAAUAUACAACAAGGAGACAGGCACAGCACAGGUCAUCAACGCCAGGGAUAGAGCCCCUUCCGGCGCCUCAACAGACAUGUUUGGGUCGAACAACGCCAGCGCACAGUUCGGUGGGUUGUCUGUGGCAGUACCGGGACAGGUCCGAGGCUACUGGGAGGCUCACCAGAGGUACGGGAAGCUGCCGUGGAGGGACCUGUUCCUACCGACUAUCCAGCUGGCGGAGGAGGGCGUCUGUAUCGGCAGGUCUAUGGAGAAGGCUAUCAAAAAGAACCUCGAGUUCAUCAAAGAUCCGAAGAACCACUUAUGUGACGUGCUGUGUGACGAAAACAACAACGUCAUGGGAGUGAACAUGACGGUGAAGCGGCUCCAGCUUGCAAAAACGCUCCGUGCGGUUGCUGAUGGAGGUGUAGACGCCUUCUACACAGGUGACAUCGCCAGGAAUCUGGUGAAGGACAUACGAGACGCAGGUGGCAUCAUCACCGAGCAAGAUCUCCGCGACUAUCGGGCGGAAAUAUCGGACCCUCUGAAGAUUUCUCUGUCGGGUGGACUGACGGUGCUGUCCCCGCCCCCGCCCUCAUCCGGAGCUGUGCUGAGUCUCAUCCUCAAUAUUUGGGACGGAUACGGCCUGAACGCCUCCAGUAUAGACGGUACAGAUAACCAGGUGCUGACGUACCACAGGAUGCUGGAGGCCUUCAAGUUCGCUUUCGCCAGGAAAAGCGAGCUGGGAGAUCCGGACUUCGUCGACGUGAAAGAGGUUGUGAGGAAGAUGACGUCCAAGUCGUUUGCCGACUCGCUGCGUCAGCAGAUCAGCGACACCAUGACGCACCCCUGGCGGUACUACGACCCUGUGUACCACCUUCCCAAGGACGGCGGCACCACACACGUCUCCGUCCUGGGGCCGGGCAACGACGCCGUCUCCGUCUCAAGCACCAUCGACCAAUAUUUUGGCGCAAGGUUCCGCUCAGUUUCCACAGGAAUCAUCCUAAACGACGUGAUGAGGGAUUUCAGCUUUCCGGGAAUGAACAUAUACGGCGUUCCUUCCUCCCCAGCUAACUUCAUCCAGCCAGGCAAGCGGCCCAUGUCGUCGAUGACCCCGUUCAUCGUGCUGAACAGUACAGGUGAUGUCAGGCUGGUGCUGGGUGCCGCUGGAGGGAUCAGGUGUGAGACUGCCUUAGCUUAUACGACGAUGCACUACCUUCGCUUUGGAACCAGCCUGGCAUCAGCCAUAGAACUGCCGCGCCUUCACCACUCGCUCAAGCCGAACAAGAUCUACACUGAAGUGGACAGGCCUUUCGAGCCAGAGGAAGUGUUUGCUGGCCUGACGGAGAUUCACCGUUGGAAGACGUCCCAUGACAUAGCCGUACUGCAGGGCGUGGUGCAGGAGGGAGCCUCUAUAUUCGCACACUCCGAUUCAAGGAAGGACGGGCAUGCGGCAGGAUUCUGAUCACUAGCCUAAGUACCAUCUUCCGUAGUGACCGCUGGCUCACUACUUUCGCUUAGCUGAGUACCAUCCUCCGUAGUGACCGCUGGCUCACUACUUUCGCUUAGCUGAGUACCAUCCUC